AUGACGUUCUCACUGGGUCCAGAGGGACAGGUCUUGGGUCUGGAGCGGGGACAGUCCAUCAGAGCAGACUCAUGGCCCUCACAGUGGAACGUCUGCCCCAAAGAAGAGAGCUCCCCCUGGAGGACACGAGGAGCAUUGCAGCCCAGCUCCCUGCACAGCACCUCUGCUCCCCGCAGGUCCAAGGCCCCUUCACAGACCGAGAUCCAGGACUGGCCCCAUAUCUGUAGUGAUCCAGAGCAGACACCAGCGCCUCCAACCAGCCGCACAGAGUCUGAGACAGAGAAGACUUCAUCACACUCUGGACACAGAGUCUGA